AAAGCAAUCUUUGAUUAUUAAUUAGUAGGCUUGGGAGUUGGGUUUUUUUGUUUGUUUGUGUUUUGAUAUGAUGAACUUAAAUGUUGAGUUCUGGGGGUAAUCUAAGUAAACUUUAGAAUGGUUCUAAAGAUGAGUGAUGGCAAUAUUUAAGAAAUGGAGUAGUAACUUUGGGGAAUUAUUUGAAAAGUAUGUUUGUUUUCUUCUUUUUUACUUAAUAGACUUUCUAGGAUUAUUUUAAAAAAAAAUUUUUUUUUGCUUGAAGUCUUGGCACUGAUGUGUUUGGUUUGCAGCCUUAGAAAGUAUUUCCUGAUUUCUCUACUUAGAAUUUCAUCAGCCAAAGUGAGAGAAAUUAUAGGAACUACUUAGGUGUUAUAAUUAAUGAUAAUAAUUUUAGAGUUUUUAAAUCUUUGUUUGAAAGGUAGCAAAUGGUAUGUACUUAUUGAAAAAGAAUUAUUCAAAAGAAUGAUUACUUGAAUCAUUCAGAUUUACUUCCUCUCAGACUUCUUUUGGUUAAAAAGGGUUCCAUAUAGACUAUAUUUACUAUAAUUUAGAAACUGUAUUUUCAUAGUAAAGUAGGCUUUUUGACUAGGAUUAUGAAUUUAUAUUUUUCUGAGUUAAAUAAAAUGUGGAGGUGUUUUUAAAGGAGUCUUAUGCUGAUUAUUCAUCUUUCAUAUUCUUAGGAAAAUUUAUAUGAUUUCACAUGUAAUCUCUUUUUUUAUGUCUCUUUAUUCUCAGUUCUCCAGAAACCAUGCUGAUCAUUGUAGGAUAUUACAGAGAGAUGCAUGCUUAUUUUCCUAAAAGUUUCAAAUACUUGUUAUCUUUAGGUAGAAAUUUGAACUUUUUACUUCUGUCUUUAAAAAAUACAUAUACAACCUUUAUUUUUGUUCCUAUAUAUAAGCGAAUGUCACCUACGUAAAUUGGUUGAAAAGGAAUCAUGUAUUUUAUAUGUCAUGGUACUGCAACAGCCACUUGCAGGUACUUGGCUUUAUCCCGAAAAAAGAGAGGAAGAAAAAGAAUGAUCCUAUAGAUGAGGUAAAGGUCAGGCACCAGAUGGAUACCAUGGCCUUUAGCCUGACGGUGCCCACGUUGGCCUUGAAGAUGCCCAAUGGACUGGAUGGAAUGUCCCUCUCUCCACCGGGGGCAAGGGUCCCUCUCCACUACCUGGAAACUGAGUUGGAAGACCCAUUUGCUUUCAACGAGGAAGAUGAUGACCUAAAGAAAGGGGCAACUGUGAGAAAGAAGUUGCAGAGCAAGUUGGCCCAGAAUCGGCAGCGCCAGAGAGAGACAGAGAUUUUAAAAGUUCGACAAGAGCACUUUAGUCCCCCUCCUGCACCUUCUCAGCAGCAGCCUCCGCAGCAGCACUCCCACCUGUCACCUUUAUCCACUUUAAAACCUCCAGCGCCACCGCAGGGUCUAGUCUGCAAGUCACCUCAACCUCAGAACACCAGCCUACCAAUGCAGGGAGUGGGCCCCACUCCACACACUAUAGCACAAGCCAGGCAGUUGUCUCACAAGAGGCCUCUGCCCCUCCUGCCAUCUAGUAGGGCUCCCGUCGUGGACCCGCCCAGGACUGACCGGGUCCUUAUGAAAGCCACAGCCUUCUCUCCACACUUCUCUUGUAUAAGUCGACUGCAGAGACUGGUGAAACUGUGCACCCAAAAACAUCAGCUGGACACUGAUCUGUUUCCCCAUUUAGGGUUGGACUGGUCUGAAGAGAGUGGAGAAGAACUGGAGGACUCAGAGCAGGCCUCGCCAUACCAGGUUGCCUGGUCCAUCCGAGAGACCCUCAGAUAUGAAAGACACACGUCGGAUGAUGAUGAUACAGAGAGUAGGAGCUCCAGGGUGACCCAACUUUGCACUUACUUUCAGCAGAAAUAUAAGCACCUCUGCCGCCUGGAGCGGGCAGAAUCUCGUCAAAAGAAAUGCCGGCACACGUUUAGGAAAGCUUUGCUGCAGGCGGCCAGUAGAGAGCCAGAAUGUACUGGCCAGUUGAUCCAGGAGCUACAGAGAGCUGCAUGCAGUCGGACCAGCAUAAGCCGGACCAAGUUGAAGGAGGUGGAGCCAGCAGCAUGCAGUGGGACCGUGAAGGGUGAACAGUGCACCAAUAAAGCCCUUCCAUUCACCAGACAUUGUUUCCAACAUAUCCUCUUGAACCGCUCUCAGCAACUCUUCUCAAGUUGCACGGCCAAGUUUGCAGAUGGACAGCAGUGCUCUGUGCCCGUUUUUGACAUUACACACCAGACACCUCUGUGUGAAGAACAUGCCAAAAAAAUGGAUAAUUUCUUGAGAGGAGAUAGCUCCCGUAAAGUUCAGCACCAGCAGCAGAGGAAACCCAGGAAAAAAACCAAGCCUCCUGCACUUACCAAAAAACACAAGAAGAAGAGAAGGCGUGGACCUCGUCGACCCCAAAAGCCCAUUCCCCCUGCAGUUCCUCAGGGGAACCUCAGCAUGCCCACCAGCGUCUCACUGCCAGUGGAGGCCUCUCACAUCCGGAGCCCGUCCACGCCAGAGCUGAGUGCUGAUGAGCUGCCGGAUGACAUUGCCAAUGAGAUCACUGACAUUCCACAUGACUUGGAAUUGAACCAGGAGGACUUUUCAGACGUCCUGCCGCGGCUACCUGAUGACUUACAAGAUUUUGAUUUUUUUGAAGGCAAGAACGGGGACCUCCUCCCCACCACCGAAGAGGCCGAGGAGCUUGAGCGGGCCUUGCAGGCCGUGACGUCUCUUGAGUGCCUGAGUACCAUUGGGGUGCUCACCCAGUCAGAUGGUGUGCCCGUCCAGGAGUUGUCAGACAGAGGAAUAGGGGUGUUCUCCACAGGGACUGGAGCUUCAGGAAUUCAGUCCUUGAGCCGAGAGGUAAACACGGACCUGGGGGAGCUGCUGAAUGGGCGUAUAGUCCACGACAACUUUUCUAGUCUAGAGCUGGAUGAGAGCCUGCUCCGUUCUGCUACCUUGUCUAACCCACCUACACCCCUGGCAGGGCAGAUCCAGGGGCAGUUCUCUGCCCCAGCCAACGUUGGCCUUACUUCUGCCACUCUGAUCAGCCAGAGUGCCCUUGGGGAGAGAGCCUUCCCAGGACAGUUUCAUGGACUUCACGAUGGCAGCCAUGCCUCGCAGAGGCCGCAUCCUGCCCAGCUGCUGAGCAAGGCAGAUGACCUAAUCACCUCACGACAGCAAUACAGCAGUGACCAUUCACACUCCUCGCCCCACGGAAGCCAUUAUGACAGUGAGCACGUGCCGUCUCCCUACAGCGACCAUAUCACCUCUCCCCACACAACAUCUUACUCUGGUGAUAACAUGGCAGCUACCUUUUCAGCAGAGAUGCCCAUCAUGGCGCAGCACUUGCUCCCAGCCCAACUUGAGGUGCCACUUGGAGGAGUCGUAAACCCCAGAACUCACUGGGGCAAUCUCCCUGUCAGCCUCGGAGAUCCCUCUCCAUUUAGCAACCUUCUCGGCGCAGAUGGACAUCUUCUUUCCACUUCCCUAUCCACACCACCCACCACUUCGAACUCAGAGACCACACAGCCUGCCUUCGCCACCGUGACCCCCAGCAGCUCCAGUGUGCUUCCGGGGUUACCGCAGACCAGCUUCAGUGGCAUGGGGCCUUCUGCUGAACUGCUGGCCUCCACCUCUCCCAAGCAGCAACUCCCUCAGUUCAGCGCAGCCUUCGGCCACCAGCUGAGUUCUCACAGUGGCAUCCCCAAGGACCUGCAGCCCAGCCACAGCUCAAUAGCGCCUCCCACAGGCUUCACAGUGACAGGUGCCACAGCUACAAGUACCAAUAAUGCGUCUUCUCCCUUUACCUCCCCUAACUGAGCGUAUCUGUGUGCUUGCAGGCAGGUGGGGAACCUGGUGUUUUCUAUCUUGUUUUCCUCUUUAUCACCCCUCUCCCCUUUUCCUAAAGAAGAUUUUAAAAAUAACAGAUGGGGACUCGAGGAGAACUCCCUUUUCCAGUUAAGCAGGUUACCCCACAGUGGACCUCGCUUCAGUGUUCACGUGUGCUCCUUCGCACUGGUGCUCAUUCCCUCCUGGCAGGUCCACUCUCCCCCAGUGGUUUCCUUAGUGGCUCAGCACAGUGACUGGAUAGAAUCGACUUUUAGCAGCAAGUCCUAGAAGUGAAAGAUACCUCAGAUUACCAGUGCCCUUUACUAUUUCCUAGUAUUCAGAUCAAUGCUUUCCAUUCUAAUACCAGGUCUUUACAUAGGUGGUUCUAAAUGGAAUGAGCCUAUUCAUUGAGUUCCUGUGUAAGAGAUGGCAAGUGGUGUGUAGAGGCAGAUCAAGGCUCUGACUUAGCACCGACUGCUAAACAUCACAUGAGGCCAGGAUUCCAUUCCUAAUUGUGAUCAUGUUUAAUUAAAAA